AUGGAGGAAUUAGGCAAAGUGAUUGCCAGUCCCAGGAAGCAACUUUAUUCAAGGCCUGCAGCAACUCUGGUCCAAAAUACAGUGACCUAUAAUGAUGUGCAUGUCGACAUCACUCAGGAAGAGUGGGCAUUGAUGGAUCCUUCACAGAGGAAUCUCUACAAAGAUGUGAUGCUGGAGACCUUUAUGAACCUCACUGCUAUAGGCUACAACUGGGAAGAUCUUGAAGUUGAAGAACAUUGUCAAAAUUCUCGAAAACAUGGAAGGCGUGAAAGAAGUCAUACUACAGAGAAAUCAUCUGAACACACUCAGUGUGGUCAAGUCUUUGUACAUCAUAGUCAUCCUCCAAGGUAUAAAGAAAUACAUACUGGAGACCAACACUAUGAAUAUAAUCAAUAUGGUAAAGUCUUUGCAUACCCCACUCAUAUUCAAGUACAUAAAAGAACACAUGCUGGAGAGAAACCCUAUGAAUGUAAUCAGUGUGGGAAAGCUUUUGCUCGUCAUAGUACUCUUCAAUUGCAUGAAAGAACACAUACUGGAGAGAAACCCUAUGAAUGUAAUCAGUGUGGGAAAGCGUUUCAUGAAGAAGAAUGUAAAGUGGAAAUGGUAUGCAGACAGAAACUCUCAGGCCAAUCCCCAGUGACAGAUUUCUUACAGCAGGGUACCAUUUCUUAA